AUGCCCAACGACGACGCAUUCAGCAAGCCCUCGGCGCCGUCGGAGGCUCCGCACGCCCCCGGGGCACCGCCGCAGGGCAAGGCCGGGGGCUUCGGCAAAGCAGCCGGGGCGCUGCUUGGGUCGGCGGGCACCGGGGGCGGCAGCAGCGGCGGCUCGGGCUCAGGGGCGUCGGGCGUGGGUGCCGCCAGCAAGAAGUCCCCGAGGCUGCCCAAGUGCGCGCGAUGCAGGAACCACGGCUACGCGUCGCCGCUCAAGGGCCACAAGCGCUUCUGCAUGUGGCGUGACUGCCAGUGCAAGAAGUGCAACCUGAUCGCCGAGAGACAGCGCGUGAUGGCCGCGCAGGUGGCUCUGAGAAGGCAGCAGGCCCAGGAGGAGGAAUUGGGGAUCAGCCACCCCAUCCCACUGCCCAGCGCUGCUGAACUGCUUGUCAAGAGAGAGAACAAUGGCAGCAACCCCUGCCUAAUGAUUGAGAGCAGCAGCUCCUCGCAGCCCCCGCCACCCAGCACCCCCACCACUGCAACUUCAGCAGGGAAAUGGGUUGUCAGUCCUGCACCUGCAAUCACCAGCAGAGGGCAUGUGGAGAACACACCUGACCUGGUUUCAGACUCCACCUACUACAGCAGCUUUUACCAGCCAUCUCUGUUCCCUUACUACAACAAUCUGUACAACUACCCGCAAUACUCCAUGGCCUUGGCUACUGACUCCACUUCUGGGGAUGUAGGAAGCCCUCUCGGGGGAUCCCCUGUGAAGAACAGCCUUCGGAGCCUACCAGCACCUUAUGUGCCUGGUCAGGCAGGAAACCAGUGGCAGCAAAUGAAAACCGUGGAGAAUCGCCAUGCAAUGAGUUCCCAGUACAGGAUGCAUUCUUACUACCCGCCUCCCUCUUACCUGGGCCAGAGCGUGUCCCAGAUCUUCACCUUUGAGGACGGCCCUUCUUACUCAGAAGCCAAAGCGAGUGUAUUCUCGCCACCCAGCAGUCAAGAUUCUGGCUUGGUUUCCCUCUCCAGCAGCUCUCCUAUUAGUAACGAGAGCACAAAGGGAGUGCUUGAAUGUGAGUCGGCCUCGGAGCCCAGCAGCUUCACGGUCACUCCCGUCAUCGAGGAGGAUGAGUAAGCGGUGACCGAUGCCUUUGGCGGUUCACUUGGAAUAGCAGGCUUAUUCCAUUUAUACACAGGGUUUGUUGUUAAUAUUUGCCUUGACUCAUGCCUACUUAACUGUUAAGAACGCGUUUGGUUUAUACUCCUUAGAGUUUAAUUCAGCCCAGAGGCUAAAACACACUUGGAAUAGUUAGGAUCGGUGACUGCCAUCCACAAGAAUUAAGUGUUUUUGCUCAUGGAGUUAAAUAUUAAAUAGUAGUGUCCCUCAUUUUUUUAAGACACUGGUUUACAUGUAGUUUUCAAGAAAUACAGUAAUUCAAGUAAAGCAAUACAUUUGCAUCUAAAUGUGUCAGAUAUUACUUUUUAGUUUUAAAAUGAAAUCUUAGGUGCUUUAGAUGUUUUUGAAUUUUAGUAUUUUAAUAUAACUCUAUAAAUUUAGCCUAGUACCUGACCAGUGAGGAGAAAAAAAAACAAAAUUAGUGAUUGUUUUAGAAAUCUGCAGAAGGUCAGAGUAAAUACUAUGUGUUUGUGUUACUAUUGGAAAAGCGUAGCCCCACCCCACACCCCUAAAACAUGUAUCCUUUCCAAAACAUGACUGAAAUAUAGUCAGAAGAAAAAAAUUAAUGCCUUUAAAAAUUAAUACUCCCUUUUAUGUAAAGGGUAAUUUGAAAACAGUACAAUUUAAAGUAACUCCAAUAAGGCAGAGUUCCCGGGUGUUGUUUCUAGAAUAAUAUAAGAGUUUAUCAUACACAUUCUUUCUACUUCAGGAAAAAAAUGGAUGCAAUCUAGAGUAUUUUGUAACCUUAGGCUGUAAUUUGAUUUGAAAAUAAGUACAUCUUUAAAAGUUACUACAGAUUUCUAAGUUCAUUAUUUUCUUAAAAAUUGCUUGUGGAGUACUUCCUUAUGUAACAGAAGCCAUCCUGAAAUGAAACUAGUCUAAAAAAAAUUCAUUGUUCUGUGUAGUUG